UAAAAAACGGUAACCUCUAUCAUCAGCAAACGAUUCACUAUCAAAGCUCGAAGACAGUAAAAAAAACAGAGUAAUCGCAUUUCUAGCAAAGCCCACUCACUCAUCUCAUCGGACACUCCAAUUGUCACCCCAUAACUGUCACGGUGUCACCCCUCUGAGUCUGUUUUUGUGAUUAAAAUAACAACACAUAUUCGAGCUGUGUUCCGUCGUUUUCUAGAGAGCCCUCGUGAUGAAAGAGAAUAGAGAGGAACAAAUAAUGAGGGUAACGGGUCGCUUGCUUAGAAAAAAGCGGUUGUCUCUAACUCCAAGAUUCAGGUGAAUCUACUCAUCUCAACUCCCCUUUUUUUCCUAUCUCAUAAACAUUUCCAUGCCGCCAAACUCUUCUUUAAUUUCUUCCUUCAAUAAUACUACAUUUUGCAGUUGAUAAAAAAUGCUGCUUUAUUGUUCACAUUCCACACCCUUUUACGUGGCGCCGAAUUCUUGAAUUCGGAGUGGGGAAGUUUUGGAUUUUGAGGUGUAUUUGACGUUUUGUAGUCCAAGAAUUAAAAAAUGGAGCUUUCUUGUUCGAAUUGCACCCCGUGCAGUACCGUUUAGGUGAGUGGUGGUGGAUUCUUGAAUUCUAAGCUGGAAAAGAUUGAAUUUUGAGGUGUAAUUGGUGUGGUUUUUUGAGUUUUUGGAAUUUUCUAGUCUAAGUUUAAAAAAAAAUGAAGCUUUCUUAUUCAAAUUCGACACAGUGGGAAGGAAUGUUUGUUUCUUGAGGUGUAAUUGAUGUGGAUUUUGGAUUUUUUUGAACAAUUUAGCUCAUGUAGUUGUGAAAGUGAUAGUGUUUCUUAGAUGGUAGUGUUGAUAGAGUAGGCAACUGGUGUAUUUGAGGGGGGCAGAUAUUUCUGCCUAAAAAUAGAUUAUGCUAUAAUCUGUGAUGCAAUACCCUUUAAAGUUUUUUUUUGUUGUUAUAAAUUAAGAUUUGUGAGGGUGGAAUCAUGACUAUGGCAGUCCGAGAUCGGAUUCUUAAAGAUGUGAAUGGUAACAUUAGUGAUCAUGUACGCAACCACAUUCAUUUGACAAACUGCAUUCAUUUGAAGAACCACAUGCAUAAGAACAGCCCCAUCUUGGUGGAUAGGCUGCUCAUGAGGGACCUCGUCGUCCUUCAGAGGUCAAGGUCGUUGAAGGACCCGUCUGCUAGCCCUCCCUCAUCCGCUGUUGAUGUUCUCUUGAGGAGAGGGGAGGGGGAGGAUGUAGUUGGUGGAAGGCGUAGCGUUGGGAUAGAGCAUGGUACGGUGUCAGGGAACUCGCCUGCAAUGGCUGCUGUGAGCAGCUGUGGUGGCAAGGAAUGGAGGGUCAUUGGAAAUGAUGAAUGUGAAGGAGAUGGGGAGGAUUUGGUGGGUGAUCGUGUUUUGGGGGGCUCGUCUCAGUUGAGGGAGAAUAGCAUGGACACGAGGGGAGGGUAUAGACAAGAUAGGCAGCUUAGGGCGCUCUCGGACCAGUUGAGGAACGUCCAGAUUGGGAGUGAUGAUGUGGUCUUGUCUUGUAAUCGUGGAGAUGUGAGACGCGUCUUCCAUUCGGAAAAGUAUCCUGAGGAAGCAGGAGUUAGCAUUCGGCAUAGGAGUAGUCUGAAUAGGAGGAGAAGGCGUAUGUUUCGUGGUGGGAAGAGAAGUCGGCCUUCUGUAGCUGUUAGAGAUGGUGGAGAUGCACGAAAUGAGAGGUCGGUGGCGUCUCAUUCGUUUGGUGAGGGUCGAGCUUCUCAGAAAAAUCACGGGGAGGAAGAAGUCCAGCAACUCCACGUUCAGAAUGUCAACAGUGAUCAGAGAAACGAAUUUGGUAUACCGUGGAACUGGUCGAGAAUUCAUCACCGAGGGAAGUCAUUUCUCGACAUGGCAGGCCGGAGCCUCUCUUGUGGUUUGUCUGAAUCAAGAUUGAACAAAGGUGGUUCCAAUACUCGAGGGAUGGAUAUCCCUAACAUGCCAGUGAUGUCAUCGAGUUCGUCCACUAGAUCGGAUGCAGAGGCGUUGCCUCUAUUCCUCGAUCCUUCUGUUACUCGUGUAUGCAUGGAUCGGGCUGGUUGGUUCCAAGAUUACUCGGAGGAGUUAGGUACUUACACCGAUAAUAUGGUUAAGCAAGAAACUAAUUGCGACCUUGCAUCGGAAGAGAGAUCAGGUGAGCAGCAUAGACCUCGAAAUCGAAACAAUGAGAGGCAUCAAAAUCUCACGCAAAAAUACAUGCCGAGGACGUUUGGGGAUUUGGUCGGACAGAACUUGGUCGUGCAGGCUCUCUCGAACGCUAUCUUGAAAAGGAAAGUCGGGUUACUCUAUCUGUUCUGUGGACCUCACGGAACGGGGAAAACUUCGUGUGCUCAUAUAUUCGCUCGAGCAUUGAACUGCCAGUCGAUGGAACACCCGAAGCCUUGUGGAUUUUGCAACUCCUGCAUUGCACAAAGCAAUGGGAAGUGUCGGAACGUGUGGGAAGUAGCCCCCGUUAGUAGCAUGGACCUCGAGAGUAUAAUUGGCCUGCUCAGGAAUGUGACGUCUACGUCAUCUUCCCAGCUUCGAUCUCAGUACAGAGUCUUCAUAUUCGAUGAGUGUGAUACGGUGUCUUCUGAAUGUUGGAGCACGAUAUUGAAGGUCAUUGAUCGAGCCCCUAGGCAUGUCGUUUUUGUCCUUGUUUGCUCAAGUCUUGAUGCCUUACCUCAUAUAAUCAUAUCCAGGUGCCAGAAAUUCUUUUUUCCGAAGUUAAAGGACGCAGACAUUAUACAUACGUUGCAGUGGAUAGCAACGAAAGAGGACCUGGAUAUCGAUAAGGAUGCCCUCAAGCUCAUUGCAACAAGGUCGGAUGGAUCUCUCAGAGAUGCUGAGAUGACUUUGGAGCAAUUGAGUUUAAUCGGGAAGAGAAUAUCCGUCUCCCUCGUUCAGGAACUGGUUGGGCUUGUUUCUGAUGAGAAACUGGUAGAUCUUCUCGAUUUAGCAUUAUCUGCUGACACUGUCAACACAGUCAAGAAUCUGAGGGAUAUCAUGGAAUCAGGAGUCGAGCCAUUGGCAUUGAUGUCACAGCUUGCUACGGCCAUAACUGAUAUUCUUGCUGGAAGCUACGACGUCACCAAAGAAAGGCCUCAAAGGAGGUUUUUUCGGAGGCGUGAAUUAUCGAAAGAAGAUAUGGAAAAACUGCGUCAAGCGCUGAAGACAUUGUCCGAAGCAGAGAAGCAGCUGAGGGUGUCGAACGAGAGGAUAACAUGGCUAACUGCUGCACUGCUGCAACUGGCUCCGGAUCAACAGUAUGUUCUGCCAGCCGAAAGGAGCUUGAAUCACAGUCCUUUGGUCUCAUAUGGCGCUUCUCUAAGAAACGGGACUAGGAAAAGCGAUGCAGAAAUGCUCGGUUUUCAAGCUGAAAGUUCUGGUAUGGCUGGAAACGAACACAACGGAGGCGAGAUGAUCUCUCAACAGGUACAAGCAGUUUAUAACGAGAAACUGGAGGCGAUUUGGUUGGACGUGCUGCAGAAGAUCCCGGUGAAUAGCAUUCGAGAGUUCAUGUAUCAGGAAGGGAAGCUCGUCUCUGUCAGUUAUGGUGCAGCUCCGACCGUGCAAUUGCUAUUCAACUCACAGCUGACGAAAUCCAAGGCGGAGAAAUUCAUAUUACAUGUCUUGCAAGCAUUCGAGUCUGUUCUUAGAUGCCCGGUGACAAUUGAGAUCAGAUCCGAGUCGAAGAAAGGCACUAACCGGGUACCAGUUCUGCUACCGGCAGCUCAGAAUCUGCCUCGUUUGGAUGUGAAUCCGACCACAAACACAGGUAGUUGGAUGCCUAGGGUGAGUCACGAUGAUAUGCCAUCUUCUGAAGCCAAUAGGAGAGAGAUUGUCGAAAUUGAACCCUCCCUGGGAGAGUAUAAUGGUAAUGUUAAGCGUAGAGACACCAACGUAGACUCUGAUAGGCGGAAUAUAGAAAAUGCGGGAGUGACAUCUUCACAUAAGAUAUCGACCGUGUUAGAACAUAGUGGAUGGUCGAAUCGCAAAGCGGUUUCAGUUGCAGAAAAACUCGAAAAAGAAAAUUUGAGACUAGAAGCAAGUUCGAGGAGAUUGCUAUGUUGGAACGCUCCGAAAAUGAAACACCACAAGCUUUCGCGUUUGAGGAUUAGAUCAAGGAAGCCACGGGCUUUGCUGAAACUCGUCUCUUGCGGAAGGUGCCUCUCCGCUAGGUCCCCGAGGCAGUCGUAGCCAUUUUCAUCGCCAUAAAGAACAUCAAGGCGUGUUAGGUUUACUCUGUUUCAUCAGACUUCUUCACAAUAAUUUAGAGUAGAGAGGGUGAAAGGUUAGAGCUUUUGUCAAUGAAUCUUUGUAUUUUUUGUAAUUUAUUUCAAUAUAAGUCUCACUAUAAAAUAAUUGCAUCCAUUUUAUUUUAGAUGGUAAAAAUUUGAUUUUGUA